CGUGACGUCACGCUUCAGUCGGAAGUUCCAGCGCAGCAGCAGAAGAGGCGAACGCGAGUUAAACCAGUUUUAGUGUAAACAGCCAGAACAUGGACGACGACGUGUUAACGACUCUAAAGAUUUUAAUAAUCGGAGAGAGUGGUGUCGGUAAAUCAAGUUUGCUCCUGCGUUUCACAGAUGACACCUUCGACCCAGAAUUAGCUGCAACCAUUGGUGUGGACUUCAAAGUGAAAACUGUCGCUAUAGAUGGCAACCGAGCAAAGCUGGCCAUAUGGGACACGGCGGGUCAGGAGAGGUUCAGAACUCUAACACCAAGCUACUACAGAGGAGCCCAGGGUGUCAUUUUGGUGUAUGAUGUUACACGGCGGGACACAUUCACAAAGCUUGAGAACUGGCUCAACGAACUGGAGACAUAUUGUACACGCAAUGACCUGGUUAAAAUGCUGGUGGGGAACAAAAUUGACAAGGACAACCGUGAAGUAGACCGGAACGAAGGCUUGAAGUUUGCACGGAAACACUCAAUGCUUUUUAUCGAGGCUAGCGCAAAGACGCGGGAUGGAGUUCAGUGUGCCUUUGAAGAACUAGUGGAGAAGAUCUUGCAGACGCCGGGGCUCUGGGAGAGCAGCAUCCAGAACCACGGUGUCCUGCUGUCUGAUCACGAACAGCAGCGUCCGGGUGCCUGUGGGGGCUACUGCUCUCUGGUUUAACAUCCUCACCUCAAUCCAGAACCACAAACUGAGAUGGAAAGCACCGUGUUCUUUCUUCUGAAUGAGAGCUUCCUCUGAGGGGGAACGGUCUGCUCCUUUAGGGCUGGUCAAAGGGACCUUUGCAGUUUGCACACUCUCUGUCACACAGUUGUUGUUGAGUCCCAGUAUUCUGUCAUGUUAUUUUCAAUGAAUGUAUCACAGAGCUACAUUACCUUUAGCCUAUGUAAACCUUUUAUGUAAAAUGAGUCCUGUUGAAGGUUACAACCUGAGCAUGUUGAAUUAGGCCAGAUAUUAUGGGACAGAGCUGACAUGCUUCCCCCUCAAUGGGAGCACCACCUUUGACCUGAUGUGUGUAGGCCAAUAGGAUUACUGGAGGGGAGGGGCCGAGAAACGGCAGGAUCUGAUGAUCAGUGUGGUGAACUCAUUCAACAUUAUAGUCAUCAAAUGUCCUUUGUACCUGGACUACAUUUCAUGUGCUUAACAUAUUCUCUGCUGCUCUCCUUUUAAUCCCUUGCUUUUUAUUUAAAUUCAUAUUCUUUAUCCUAUGUUAUUAUUUAAAAAAAAUAAUAUUUGGCCUUAGAAAUAUUGCUUAACAUGUUCUACCUUUUGGAAAAGUUGGAAAUAUUCUUUUGUAAAAUGUCUUUAGUAACUGUUCUGAAGCAUAAUUCACACAAUUGUCUAUGAAAUGCUGUUUAGCUGCAGCUCUCAUGAGUUGAGAUACAUUAAGCAUGUUUAAAUAAUGUAAUCUAUGAUGACUUGAGUCUGAAUAACACAUGGGAUGAUCCAUUUUA